AUGUAUGGUGGCGACAACGGAAUUGGCAGCGGGCCACGUGGAAUGUACGAUGGAUCCUUCGGCCAGUCACCAAACACCCCAGCCACCGAAGCGACUUUUGAGCGUAUCCAAUUCAAAAAUGCGACAGCGAAUAAUGGAAAACGGAGAGCGGCUCAGCAAUAUUAUCAUCUAUUGGUGGAACUUUUUGCAGACCUGGGAAACAACCAGAAUCAUCCAGAUCGCUGGGUGAAAGUUGCGGUCCGCAUGUCCGCACCAAUGGUUGUUCGUGGUCGCUCGCCCGGCCACUACCAAAGCGAACGAAGAGGUAGCAACGCAAGCUCUGGGCCCGGAGGUGCUGGAGGUGCUGGUGGAGGCGGCUCAUACACACCAUCUGGCGGGUCCUCUCGCACUCCAGGCGAUAUUACCAUGUCUGGCACUUCUUCUAUGCUUCCUGGUUCUAGCAGUUACGGCUCUUACGAUGGUCGAUCACACCAUUAUCGCACUGGGCCACUUCAGAUUCCCAUGGAGCCCACUCUUUCCGCUGAAGAAGCAAAGAAUAUACAGGAUGCUCCCAACUACUUGUACUACCCAGCUGGACUAUGGGACGACCAGGAAUCACGAAAUCAAUUACCUAGUCUGCCGGAAUAUGCGCCAGGUAAAGUUAAGCAGGAAUAUAAUACGAGUGGUUAUUCUCUACCUAGUAUCAGUGGUGCGCAAGAUGCUUUGGGUAGGCAUUGUGGGAGGUGGGAAGGGGUUCCAGAAUCGAAGGGAUAUUUUCCAACAAUGGCACUGACGCAGGAGCUUAAUAUCAGCUAG